ACACUCUCUUUUGCUCUUUUUCUCUCAUCAUGAACUCUGUGGCGGUUUUGUCGUGUUUCGUGGUGCUGUGCUGUUCUGGGAGUGGUAAAGCUUUUCCUCUCUACUCAGACUCACCUUUGACAACGCAGGAAGACCUUCUAGAAAAACUGGUGGAGGAGGUGGAGGAGAGUGAGAACAGAGAUGCAGCAGGGGAGCCGAGAGGGGCAAGGAACAUCUACCCGCUCUUUCUGGACCAGAACAGGGACAUUGUGGGCAGAGGAAACAAACAAACAAUCGACCAAGAAAAGAUCACCAACAUGGUGGAUGGACUGAAAGAAGUCGUCUUCAAGCUGGCAGCAGCAGACAAGCUCCGCUCUCAUGGCUUUACAAGGGCUGAUCCGGGCUUGCCAAAAAACAAUAAAAGAGCUUGUUUCUGGAAGUACUGCGUGACAAACUGAAAAAUGGUGUGGGGACGGGAGACAGCACCUUCCGAAGCCAUCAGUACAAAAAACCCAACCCAUCAACCCAUCUGAAGCCAUUAAAGACAUUAGAUAGGUACCACAAAUCCUGAACACGAUGAAUGUUUUAUGUCGUGUUAAGAAGCUGUGUCAUAAAUAAAGGAUAUAUUUUUAAUGAAGGUGGGGGCGGUUGUACAUUGGCGCAAUAAAUAAAUAAUUAUUUGUUGUUUUUGUCUGGGUGAAAAUAAGUAUGUGUGAGACUGUGAGAGAUACUCUGUGUUGAA